ACGGUAUUAAUGAUGCGUCCUGUCAGUGGCUUGUUGUCUGGCAAGGUGAACCUUCCAUGUCACUUCUCCAUCAUCCCCACUGUUGCACCAAUCAACAACACAGCCCCAGCAACAUAUUACUUGCGCAUCAAAUGGACCAAAAUUGAGAGGGAUAUGGAGUCAACUGUUCUUGUUGCCCAAAACGGUGUAAUUAAGAUUGGUUCGGGUUACAGAAGUCGCGUGUCUGUGCCUAGUCACCCGGAAGACAUUGGGGAUGCUUCUCUGACUGUGGUGAAGCUAAGGGCAAGUGAUGCUGGAAUUUACCGCUGUGAAGUAAUGUAUGGGAUUGAAGACACACAAGACACAGUCAAUUUGGAUGUUGAUGGCGUGGUGUUUCACUACAGGUCCAGGUUCAGCAGAUACACCCUGAACUAUGCUGAAGCUGUUCAAACUUGCAGUGAUGUUGGAGCCACAAUUGCUACAGCAGAACAGUUGAGAGCAGCUUAUGCAGAUGGUUUUGACCAGUGUGAUGCUGGCUGGCUUGCAGAUCAAACAGUGAGAUAUCCAAUCACUAGACCAAGGCCUGGUUGCUUUGGAAAUCUGCCUGGAAAGCCCGGUGUCAGGUCAUAUGGCAAACGCAAUCCCACAGAGACUUUUGACGUCUACUGCUAUGUGGACAAGCUUGAUGGUAAUGUUUACUUUGCCUCCACAAUGCGUAAGAUGACAUUUGAUGAGGCCAAAGCUGAGUGUGAAAGCAGGAAUGCAGUGUUGGCAUCACCCGGUCAACUCCACACUGCCUGGAGAAUGGGCCUGGACCAAUGUGAUUAUGGAUGGCUUUCUGAUGGCAGUGCACGCCACCCUGUCUCAAUACCUAGAAUUCAGUGUGGUGGUGGUGUGCUGGGUGUUCGCACCAUGUAUCGCUACCGAAAUCAAACAGGCUUCCCGGAUCCCAAAACGAAGCUAGGAGCAUACUGUUUCAAAGGUGUUCACACAUGUUCUGACAAUGUUUGCUUGAAUAGAGGUUCUUGUGUAAAAGUGGAUGGUGCUCAGAUCUGCAGCUGUCCAUCUGGAUACAGUGGUGAACGUUGUGAAAUAGACAUUGAUGAAUGUCACUCAAACCCAUGUCAUAAUGGAGGAACAUGUAUUGAUGGCCUGAACUCUUUCACCUGUUUAUGUCUACCAAGUUAUGCAGGACAACUGUGUGAGCAAGACACUGAAACAUGCAAUUACGGCUGGCACAAGUUCCAGGGCCAUUGCUACAAAUACUUUCCUCAUCGGCGUAACUGGGACACAGCCGAACGUGAGUGUCGUCUACAGGGGGCACACCUUGCUAGUAUCCUAUCCCACGAAGAGUUGCAAUACAUCAAUCACCUUGGCCAUGACUACCAGUGGAUUGGUCUGAAUGAUAAGAUGUUUGAGAAGGACUUCCGGUGGACCGAUGGUAGUGUUGUGCAAUAUGAGAACUGGAGACCGAGCCAGCCGGACAGUUUCUUCUCCUCAGGGGAGGACUGUGUGGUAAUGAUCUGGCAUGAGGACGGUCAAUGGAAUGACGUACCCUGCAACUACCACCUCACCUUCACCUGCAAGAAAGGCACAGUGUCUUGCAGCCAGCCUCCUCUUGUCCAUAAUGCACGCACAUUUGGGUUGCGUCCACGCUAUGAGAUCAACUCCCUGAUCAGGUACCACUGCAUGGACGGCUUCAUCCAAAGACAUGUUCCCACCAUUCGGUGCAGAGGAGAUGGCUCAUGGGAUCUGCCCAGGAUUUCCUGCAUGAGUCCCUCUAACUUCCAAAGGACAUAUACAAAAAGAUAUCAGACACACAGUGUUUUUCACAGCAAUCGGAGAAGGUCUGCAAAAAAGCCUGUUGACACACACAGAGGACACCAUCGUCAUGGUGUAAAAGACAGUAGGACAAAACAGUUGCUAUGGUAACACAGCCCUAAAUCAGGGGUCCUUCUAAUGUAUUUUUGAUAGCAUGAGAUGGACUUACCUGUUGGAUGAAAGAUUAACAAAAGGACAAGGAGAAUUGUCAACAUAGAGUGGAAUAUGACUGGAACCAAAGAGUGCCUUUUUUCUUGUAUUUUUACGAGUAUUUUAAAGAGAUGGUUUUUAUCAGAACUACAUAAAGGACACAUUCAGCUGGCCUCUGAAAAAGCAAAAAGACUAUCUGACAUACCCUCCUCUUCUUUCUGCUUACUUGGGAAUACAAAGUGCCUUCAUUAACAGUAACCCAAUAUUCAGAUACAAAUACAACUGAGCUUUAUUGGUGCAAUUAGUACCUGCAUAUUGUACAAUCUGCACAUCGAAUCUGGUUUAUGGCCAUCAUCAUUUUUGAUACAUACUUUGCCGUAUCAUUGCUUUUACAGCAGGUCCACACACAAAUGUUGAAAGAGUAAGAGAGGGUGCAAUGAAUAAUAUGGAGUCAGCACAGUGUUUUUGUGCUGGAAAAAUGCCAAUAAUAUUUAAACACAAUAUGUCUCAAUAUAUCUUGACUUAAAAAAACAAACAAACACACAAAUUUAGAUGAGUUACAAAUUAAAAGCCAUGUAGACUUUAGAUUAUUUAUAUGCCUCUAUUUGAUGACUCUUUUAAGUGUUUACAAUGAGUAUACUGUUUCACUAACUUUUAACUACACUAUUUUUUUUUACAUAAAAAGAAGAAAGAAACUACAACCCAUUUCAGACUUAAUGUUAUUCUUGGACAAUUUAAAACUACUUUAAAGAGAAUGUACUUUAGAAUGUACUUUAAAGAGAAUGUCUUUUUUAACCAGAUGCCUGUAAUUUAUUCCUGGAGCAGCUCUUUUUCUUCUUGUUGUUUGAUUAAAAUGCAACACGCUGAAGAUAAACUGCACACUGUCAGAAUUCAAUAUAUUGCUAAAGACAAUUUAUUUCAAUAGCUGUCCUUGAUGUGACUGAUAUAAGAAAUAUGCAACUAGCAGGUUAGAAAUAUGGAUUUCAUUAAAACAUUUAGGGUGUAUAUAUGGACCAGGAUUCACAUUAACAGCUUUAACUUGCAGCAAUUUGUUAUUUCAUUAAUUGUUAAUCAUGCUCAGUCAUUUGUUUAGGCCCAAGCAUUUGUUUUUAAAAUGUUUUCUCUUGUGUGUGGUCUUGUAAUUUUAAUUUUAAUUUUUUGAAAGUGCACAUAUCUUUUUAUAUUUAUAGUAUAACUUGUGUAUUGUAAAAUGUGAUUGUUUGGUUGUUUGUCAUAAGGAAAAAGAAUGUAAGAAAUAUUUUUUAUGCUUUUCAUGUGUCACCAUAGAUGCAAACAAAGAUUAUUAUAUUUUACUUGUAUUCUUGGUAUUUUUAAUCUUCUGAUUUAGAGUAACUUUUUCUUGGGGGGGAUCUGUUUUUUGGUAAAUGCACCAAAAACAGAUACCAUGAUGCAUGUUUAGCAUUGUUUAUAUGACGUCAUUGGAACUUUUUCAUUGACAUAAAAAUCUAAUAUUAUAAUGAUAAAAUACUCACAUUAAUAGUAGUCACAUUAAUAAAUUACACUGUAAGUACAUAUCUUCAGUUGUACCAUUUUAGUGUAAGUCAUUUAUGCAGUUCAUCAGCAGCAAUGCCUACUGUGAACCACCAGAUGGUCGUGUUUCACUAACAAAAGCACACUUAAAGAUUCUGCCAGAUCCCAUUAUGUUUUGUGCAGCUGUAUUAGCAGUUCCAAAGGAUUUCACUCAAACAUGAAUGAUACCAUUGUUAACAGUGGUAAAUAAAUAAGAUAUGCAUUGUUUCAUAUAGUAUAUCUGACUUCGAGAGUUUUACACAUGUUAGUGGGCAGGUGGUAUCCUAUAAGGCUACAAAUAAAACAUGU